AUUCUUUGACGCGCGUCUUGUGCGCGUUUCUUAGGCGUUAAUUAAAUUGCGAAAAGCCAAAAUUGUGUCAAUGUUAAGUUCAAAUAGUUGAAACAUAUAAAAAAGAGAGUUGUGCAAAAUUACAAAAGCAAAAGAUGACAGAUAAUAACGCGUAUACGCCGGACUCGGAGCCGAGCUCAGUGAGUGGCAAGACCGCCAGGCCGCCAUCAUAUACAGCAGCCACUAACUCGACCAUAUCGCUGAAUGACUUUAGCUCCAAAGCCAACUUAACGGAAAAGGAUCAGCUGGAGGCAAACUACAAUCCAUUUGAGAAUCGUGAUCCUAAGGGCGCCAGCUCUGGCAGCGCUUUGGCGCAUUUGCUUAAGAGCUCGCUGGGCACCGGCAUCUUGGCCAUGCCCAUGGCUUUCCACAAUGCCGGUCUGGUGUUUGGCGCUGUGAUGACGCUCAUCGUGGGCUUUCUAUGCACACACUGCGUGCAUAUACUGGUGAAAACUUCGCAUAAUAUAUGCCGUGAUGCCAAAGUGCCCGCUUUGGGUUUUGCUGAAACUGCCGAAAAGGUUUUCCAAUAUGGACCCAAGGGCAUGCGUCGUUAUGCCAAUUUCGCCAAGCAAUUUGUGGACAUUGGACUUAUGGCCACCUAUUAUGCUGCUGCCUGCGUCUAUAUGGUGUUCAUAGCUACGUCUUUCCACGAUGUCAUCAACUAUGAUGUGGGCUUGAAGUGGGAUGUGCGCAUUUACAUUGCCAUGACUGUUAUACCCUGCCUGAUUAUUGGACAAAUACGCAACCUCAAGUGGCUGGUGCCAUUCUCGCUGAUGGCCAAUGCCUUUAUUGUUGUUACCUUUGCCAUUACACUCUACUACAUGUUCGAUGAGCCGCUGGUGUAUCACGACAAGCCGCUGAUAGCCAAGGCUGUGCAUAUUCCGCUCUUCUUUGCCACUGUUAUCUUUGCCAUGGAAGGCAUUGGCGCUGUUAUGCCUGUGGAGAACUCAAUGCGCAAGCCAGCACAAUUUCUGGGCUGUCCUGGUGUGCUCAACAUUGCUAUGAUUACUGUAGUGCUGCUCUAUGCCAUUAUUGGAUUCUUUGGCUAUGUGCGCUUUGGUGACACUGUGCGCGGCAGCAUUACGCUCAACUUACCCGAUGGCUCCUGGUUGGGCGAUACGGCUAAGCUGCUUAUGGCUGUGGCUAUACUUUUCACCUAUGGACUGCAGUUCUAUGUACCCAACGAGGUGCUUUGGCGCAAGAUUCAGCACAAAUUCAGCCCGGAGAAGCACAAUAUUGUACAAAUCCUGCUGCGUACGGGCAUUAUCCUUGUUAGCGGUGGCGUCGCUGCUGCCAUACCCAAUCUGGAGCCAUUCAUUAGCUUGGUGGGCGCUGUUUUCUUCUCGCUGCUGGGCAUCUUUGUGCCCAGCUUCAUUGAGACUGUUUAUCUGUGGCCCGAUCGCUUGGGCUGGUGCAAGUGGAAGCUGGUCAAGAACGUUUUGCUGAGUAUUUUCUCCAUUUUGGCUUUGAUUGCUGGUGCUACGGCGAGUAUUGGCGAAAUCAUUAGCGAUGAGAAAUAAUUACGCCUAGUAUUAAAAUUCAAUGCAGGUGCAUUUCCAUUCCCCACACACACACACACACACAUGCAUAACUGUGCCAUGUUGAACAUGGCUGCACUGCAUCCACAAGUUGAUAUUAAUUCUUAAGCUCUAGCAACUUUUUUAAUGCGCACAUAUGUUUGUCUUAUGUGUGAUAUUAAGUACCUGUAUCCUUAAUAUUUAUAUGUAUACACGUACACGUGUAUAUGUGUGCGUCUAUAUGUAUUCGUAUGUGCCAAGCAUGCAUGUGUUAUUUAAUAAUUAAAGACAAUCUAUAGAAUUUAUAAUCUUACUACCUAAGCUCAUAAACAUUCUUUUGUAUUUGUUAAAAAAAAGCCUAAGCAAUAAAACAAUUGUUAAAUAAACAA